UUCUGAAUUCUGAGCCUCAGCACAGCAGCAUCACCCAAAUCUCUCUCACAAGAUACAUACAAACAAACAUGUCUACUCCUCCGUCUUCCAAUCUGAAAACCUCACAUACAGUUCAAGUUUUCUCUGCCAUAAAACCAUCACCACAUACUCCAUCUCCGUCUUCUUCAGCCUUAAGCUCCAUGAAGCUCAAGAGCCUCAUCCACACCCUCAUAGUCUCCCACAUGUGCCGUAUCAUUCGUGCAAUCUCUAAACUCAAAGCUGCAAUCUUGCAAACCCUCAAGGGAAACCACUCAAACAACAUUCACUACCUCCACCACAGAAAGCAAAAGAUGACCAAGAAGAUCAUCUCUGGCUCCUUCAGGCUUCACUACAACUGGUGCUCCUCCAAAUCCUCUCAGGUUAUCACAGUCCCCUCAAGGGUCUUUCAGGGUUUGUCAAAUCCUCCUGAUUCCGACCACUUGUACGAGGAUUGCCACGGCAGCGCCCAGCUCUCGGGCUACUUGCGCUGGCUGGAAGAAAAGAUGUCUGACGAUGAUAGCAAUGACGGUAAAAGUUAUUGUGAGACUAAUGAAAUCGAUAUGCUGGCGGAAUUGUUCAUUGCGGAUUGCCAUGAAAAGUUUAGGUUGGAGAAGCAAGAGUCUGAUAG